AUGGAGAAAUUGAGGCGUAUUGCUGGGAAUGGUAGAGUUAAUAGUAUGUUGGAUGGUUUGCAAAAUGAUAAGUGGGCGAAUGCAUUUUUUAGAGGGAAACGAUAUGCUGAGAUAUCAUCUAAUGCUGACGAGUCUUACAAUAAUUGGAUUGGUGGGGCCCGUGAAUUGCCUAUUACUUGUAUGGUUGAUAUGAUUAGGGUUCAAAUCAUGACUCAAUUGUCGAAUAGAAGAGCUGAAUCUAAAAGAUGGACUAUGAAAUUGUGUCCAGUUAUGAAAAAGAAGUUGGUGGACUCUUUGAAGGUAGCAAAGCCUUGGGAUGUGAUUGUUCCUAGUGAUACUGUGCUUGAGGUUCAUUGUUCUAUUUCUUUUUAUGUCGAUAUUGGUAGACAAACUUGUUCUUGCCAUGAAUGGCAAUUGAAUGGUUUUCCAUGUUGUCAUGUUGUGCAUGCUUUGCGUAGUAGUGGUAGAGAUGUGUAUGGUUUCAUUGAUCCUUUUUUUCAUGUAGAUUGUUUUAGAGAGUCAUACAAGGAAUCUGUUUAUCCAGUGCCUUCAAGUGAGAGAUUUGACUUUGAUAGUGUCGGUAGUUCAAUUAUCAAACCUCUUAUGUCGAUAUUGGUAGACAGACUUGUUCUUGCCAUGAAUGAUUGUUUUAGAGAGUCAUACAAGGAAUCUGUUUAUCCAGUGCCUUCAAGUAAGAGAUUUGACUUUGAUGGUGCCGGUAGUUCGAUUAUCAAACCUCCUAUAACGAAGAAGCAGCCCGGGCGAAACAAGAAGAAAAGGAUACCUUCUAAGGGUGAGAAUGUGAAGCAAAUCAAGUGUGGGAGGUGCUUGAAAUAUGGGAAUCACUAUAAGAAGACGUGCAAGGCUGCUAUUUGA